CUUUAUGCUCCACCAAAAAUGCUAUAACCUUAAGCAGGACCUACUUUCUCCUUCCUCCUACCGCCCAACACCGACUAUUUUUGUAGCUAAGAUGGGUGCCGAAAACGAGGAGAAUCCCUCUCUUGCUGUCAAGUAUGAUCUUUCUCAGAAGAUUAUGCGCCAUUUGGACCGCCAUCUGAUUUUCCCUCUCCUGGAGUUUCUCUCGUUGAAAGGCAUCUACGACUCGAAGGAGCUUCUGCAGGCCAAAUACGACCUGCUGAAGGACACGAACAUGACAGAUUAUGUGGCCAACUUGUGGACAGAGUUGAACGGGGGAAAAACAGACGAAGCUAUGGUGUUGGAGUUUGCAAAGAAACGUGAAAGCGUUUUGGAGGAGCUGUCUGAACUCGAAGAAGAGGCCCAAAAAAUCCUUACAGUACUUGAAGACCCAGAACUGAUUGCAGCUCUUCGUCAGGACAAGGGACAAAACCUUCAGUACCUGCAGGAACACUACAACAUUACGCCUGAGAUGAUCUCUGUGCUGUACAAAUUUGCCCAGUUUCAAUACAACUGCGGCAACUACGGCGGUGCGUCUGACUUGUUGUAUCAUUUCCGUGCAUUCAGCAAGGACUCGGAGCUGAAUGCUUCUGCCACUUGGGGCAAGUUUGCCUCUGAGAUCCUUACUGUCGACUGGGAAGGCUCUAUGGAGGAGCUGGGAAAGCUGCGUGAGAUGGUCGACUCGAAGAGCUUCAAGGAGUCUACGACUCAGUUGAAGAACCGUACCUGGCUGCUUCACUGGUCGCUUUUCCCCUUGUUCAACCACUCCAACGGCUGUGAGACGCUCUGCGACAUCUUCUUCUACACUCCCUACUUGAACACCAUCCAAACCUCCUGCCCCUGGCUUCUUCGCUACCUUACGGUCGCCGUUGUCGUCACGGGUCAGAACAAUGCGAACGUGAAGCCUCGCAACCCCCGCCAGUCGUACCAACGCCGUAUCCGUGACCUUGUCCGCAUCAUCAACCAAGAGAGCUAUGAGUACAGCGACCCCAUCACCUGCUUCAUCUCUGCUCUGUACACGGAGGUCGACUUCAAGAAGGCCCAAAAGUACUUGAAGGAGUGUGUCGAAGUGCUCAAGUCAGACUUUUUCCUCGUCUCUCUGCGUGACCAGUUCCUUGAUGCCGCCAGAAGACUUCUUGCCGAGGCCUACUGCCGUAUCCACCGCGUCAUCAGUGUGGACGAGCUUGCCAGCAAGCUCGAGUUGGAGCACAGCCAAGUCAGAAGCAUCAUCGAGCACCAGAGCGACUCUUCCGCCAACACCAAUGCUGCUGCAUCGAACAACAACAGCGGUGCCGCUUCCACUACAGCUGCCUCCGAGGAGCCUGCCACAGCUGCCGAGUCAGAGACUACUGCUACGGAAACCGAGGAGCCCGAGCAAGACAUGCACUUUGGAUUCAAGGCGAAACUGGAUGGGGAGUCUAUCAUCAUCGAUCACCCGCCCUUCUCUGUCUUCCAACAGAUUGUUGAUCGCACAAAAUUCCUCGGCUAUGAAAGCCAGAAUCUGGUCCAAUCUCUCGCUAAGGUUACUUCUGAGCUGAAGCAUGCUGCUGCCUAAGUAAUUUCGUUUAUGCUGUAUUUUGUCCAGGCACUAAAAAUUGA